CGGAGCAACGGCAGCAGAAAACUGUCGAACGGAUAUUCAGUUCGCUGCGGAUUUUCAUGGGAAAAACAUUUCACUCCUGACCUGCACUGGUUAGGCUAGGAAAUUCGUGAGUCCGUUUUUGGGGGUUGUUUCGGUUUCUUUGUUGUGGAUUGUUCUUCUCAGUGUUCUCGGUUGGUGUGGUGUCUUGUGCUGGUGCUUUAGUGGGGAGGUCGUUGGUGUGCAAACUACUAGUUCCCGACUGCCGGAGUUUGGAUUUUUUUUCGGGGGUGUGUGCUGUGUUGGGCCAUCUCAGGGGGAUUGCACCGUGCUGCACUCAUACUCACGCACAUCUACAUAUGCGGUGCUGUGCCGUCCGUGGCAAUUGAGGGGCAGGCAGAUCUUCGCAGUCUUUGGUGCGUGUGUGUGCCCAAAUUGGGAUGCAGUUUUUGGUGAGGCACUGACCGGAAGUUCAAAGAAGUGCAGUUCAAACGGGUGGUCUUUUGUGGCACCGAAAUUUUUGCAAUCUUCUGAAAAGAUUUCCCUUGAAGGGUGAGCGAGCAGAAAAAACGGUUACGUAUUCUUCGGGCAUGAGAAAGUUCAACAAUUUGGGCCCUUAAUUGGAAAGGGACGAGCAGAGAGCUUCGGUGAGAUAUUUCCGGUGAUUUGAACCCACAAAGCGAAGGGUGACUCCAGGAAACAACCAAAAAAGGAAGUGAAAAGUUUAUUUAAUUCUACGGCACAGCAAGGGCCAUUUUCUUCUGAGCAGCAAAACUAACGAGCACCGGAAAGUGGAAAAAAGAUCAGAGGAAAAAAGUUGAAGAGGGCUCCCAGGUGUUCAAGGGUUUGAGACGUUGCAAAUAAUCGUUACGUCUCUUCAUUUGUGAUGAUAAAAGUUUGAAUUUUGGGUAGAGAACAAGAUCCCCACACAGUGAUAACAUUUGUAAAACGGUAGGAGAAAAGCUGCCAACAAAAGUGAGUAUGCAUGAGUAAAGUAAUAAAAAUUCAUAGCCCGAAAAUUUGCGCUUCGAUAACGCCGAACGCAAGAAAAAAAGAGUGAGGAGCAAACAAAGACAUUUGAAGAGUAAGAAAAAAAAAUCGUGCACAGUGAAUUUUCACGUUUUGAAUACCGAAAAGCCGAAAGAGAAAAAUAAACCAGUGAGGCUUGGGAAAAUUGUAUGAAAUAAAGUGCCAUAAAAACGCGGGCUAAGCCGAAGAGUAAAACGAAAAUUCACAUUACAACAACGACGAACGGUACAAAAAAUAUUUGCCUAGACACAUUUUUGGUCGGUGUCGAAACGGAUUCUUUUUUGUUUCUCGCCAAGCAAGGGGGGUUGAGUGUGUCUAAUCAAGUUUUGCCAAAACCAAGUCGAGUGGAAGUCUCUCACGUUUUCGAGCAAAAAAGAAAAAUCCCUUCUGUGGCUCUCGGUGGAAUUGAAUUCUUUCGGUUAUAAACGAAGUGCCGCAGAGGAAAAUUGUCGCCGCCGAAAAUCAAGGCAAGGCCAUCUCCAACAAGCGGAAAUAUCCGGCAGCAGGACCUGCAGAAACGGUUUAACAAACGAGGUGGUGCCGGCGGUGUUUUGGCUGAAGGAACACACCAAAAAUUGCUAAAGGUUCAAACAACAAUUUGAAAGUUCUGGAAUCCAAUAGUUUGAAAAAGAUGACAUAAUAUGGGUUUCACGUGCGAAAAAGCGCAUCAUCGCACGUUACCUUCGGAACCACCCUACUGGAUCAAUACAAACAUUGGCUGUGAGCAGCUGUUGACGACGCCCACGACGCCUCCCGCGGCAGUAGCACCAAUUAAAACUCCCGGUGCUCGUAGUGCCACCUAUCAGACCACCAAAAAGUACCACAAAGUCCACCCGAAAGCGGCAGCAACACUUACGUUCCAGAAGCAGCAACAGAAUCAACUCAUUCCGAACAGAAGCCCAAGCAAGCGCUCCGGGUCCUCGGAUCCGUUGAGAACGGAAACCACCGGAAGCAGCCACCAUUACCCGUUCAACCUUUUCCAUCCGUUCCAUUCGUCCUCGCAGCAGUAUUCGACGAUUAUUUUGGAUAAGCUCUCACAAUUUAUCACUAAACAUGUAGCGGAACGAAGUGGCGGCGCUUGGUCGUCCAUAUGGCACAACAAUAAUGGAGGAGGAGCGUCGCCCUGUGGCACUUCGAUUGGCAGCAACGUUUCCGACAAACAACAACCGGAGAUUCAGGGAAGUCUGCAUUAUUCCCGUAGCAAAACCGGAAGCAGGUCGUUUGCUGGCAGGCUUUCGGAAGCUGCCGCCUCAACUGAAACCGAUGCAUCGAAAUACCAGAAGCCUUCAUCAUCGUCACCGCCAUCCUUCUCUUGUCAAAACGACGAGCAACUGGCAAGUGAAGCAGCAUCAUCAUCAUCAUCAUCAGUAGCAGCAACAACAGCAACUACAUUAUCGUCGUCGUCGUCGUCGUCGUCGUCGUUAAGUUUACAAUCGUCCUCUCCGUUAUCCUGUGAUCCUACUUUGACUGCAUUGUCGUCUGACGGCGGAGAAGACCUAAAUUACGGAGACACUGGAGGCCACACCUAUCAGGCCGUCGUCGAUUGUCCCGAGCGGCUUUCGGAAUCGUCUCCUCAAUCAUUAUCAUUAGCACCUUCUCCCUCCCUAGCCUCGGAAUCUGGUUUCGGUUCCGAUUCCGCUUGCAAUUCCAACAGCCUUCUCAGACAGCAGCAGCCCCUGCAAGGCGGCUUGCACCGAAAGACUUCGACUGCGAAAACGACGCCGGCCGCAACGGCAACAACGACGACGGCGACGCAUCAAUCGUCCCAAACGCCGCCGCCGUCAGCCAGAUGCACGACGACCACUAGUAGUCAUUAUCUUGUAAGACAUUCACUUUGUUUAUACGCAGCAUCUAGCGUUCUAUUAGCGUUAUGUUAUCUAACAAUACCAACAGUUGCCUCAGAAACACCACACCCCAUGCGAGUUAAGCCCCGAUUCGCCGAGGGAAAGUCAGACAAAGAAAUCUUAGAUCACCUAUUAAAAGGAUCGCGAUAUGACAAAAGGUUGCUUCCACCGGUUGAUGAUGCGGAUUUCUGCUGCGGUAUGCAAACACCAGAAAUGGCAAAACAUAUGCCAGAUACGCGUGUUCCAGGACGUCCCCAGAAUCGCGGUUCUUUGACCGUCAAUGUCAGCGUUUUACUGUUAAGCUUAGCAUCACCAGAUGAAUCUAGUUUGAAAUACGAGGUGGAGUUUCUGCUUCAGCAACAGUGGUACGACCCGCGGCUGCGAUAUGCAAAUCAAUCAUCGUAUGAAUUUUUAAACGCAAUCCAUCACCACGAGGACAUCUGGUUGCCGGAUACGUACUUUAUCAUGCACGGCGACUUCAAGGAUCCGAUCAUACCGAUGCACUUUGCCCUGCGGAUAUACCGCAACGGCACGAUCAACUAUCUGAUGAGGCGACACCUCAUCCUAUCGUGUCAGGGACGACUGAACAUAUUUCCAUUCGAUGAUCCGCUGUGUUCAUUCGCGUUAGAAAGCAUAUCGUACGAGCAGUCGGCCAUCCGAUACGUCUGGAAGAACGACGAGGACACUCUCCGGAAGAGUCCUUCGUUGACAACCCUAAAUGCGUACUUGAUACAGAACCAAACAAUAACCUGCCCAAUAAAAGCCAGCUGGAGAGCCGAAGGACAAACUUUGUCAGAAGAAGACGAAGAGUUUCUUUGCAAUUUGUGUCAGAGGCGAUUUGAGGAGCAAGGUAAUUACAGUUGCCUGAAAGUAGACCUUAUGUUUACGCGUGACCGUGCGUUUUAUUUCACCACCGUGUUUAUACCGGGCAUCAUUCUGGUAACGUCGUCCUUCAUCACCUUCUGGCUCGAGUGGAACGCCGUGCCGGCCCGCGUCAUGAUCGGCGUCACGACCAUGCUGAAUUUUUUCACCACCUCCAACGGUUUCCGCAGCACACUUCCGGUCGUGUCGAAUCUGACGGCGAUGAACGUGUGGGAUGGAGUCUGCAUGUGCUUCAUCUACGCUUCCCUGCUCGAGUUCGUUUGCGUCAAUUAUGUCGGCAGGAAGCGGCCGCUGCACAAUGUUGUAUAUAGACCGGGAGAAAAUCCAGUCACACAGCGUCUUCCAGCUGUCCUAAACAGGAUCGGAAUAAUACUCGCGAGUCCCCUGUCGAAAACUUAUUUCAACGAGCAGGAAACCAUUGAAAACGAGUUCCAAACGGCCAUGGCAGCCUCGAAGCAAGCAGCAGCGGCCACAGCAUCAGGAAGUGCGACAAGUGGCGCGUCUCCUGCAGGAGCUACUUCCGGUGGUGGCCCAACUUCCGGUGGCACUCGUUCCCGGCCAAACAGUGCCGUAAUAAUGGAGGAGGGCAUGCAACAAGGUGCCGCGGCAUCGGACACAUCCCGGAAGCGUGGUGUCCCGAGGCAGGGCACCACGGUCGAAACCAAGAUCAAUGAAAUUGGCGUCAUGGAAACGAGCUUUGGUGUGAAGAAACGGGAAUCCGGCGGACCGAACGAGAUCGUGGCCUGUACCAGCUGUGCGGGAGGAACCAGCCCAUGCACGCACUCAGCAAACAAUGGCUGUGCUACCGAGACUUGCUUCGUCCAGGUGCGGAAAAAGGAACCGCCCCAUCCGAUCCGGGUCGCGAAAACGAUCGACGUGAUAGCGCGUAUCACCUUCCCGUCGGCAUACGCCGUGUUUCUAAUAUUUUUCUUCAUCCACUACAAGGGCUUCUCCUAGAAUACAAUCAACAAGCAUUUGCUACACAAGAUCUAUACGAACAAUGAUCUGUAACGUAAGGUUUACGUACAUACGCUUCAGCAGCCCGGUGGCCAAGUUUUAGAAAGAAAGUUAUCAGACCGAUAGAGUAAAUCGUAAUAAAAAGUUGUUAAAAUUCCGGCAGCGUAGCAUCGCAACACGAUGACGUCAUCAUCAAUCCAGCCUGUUUCCAUUUGGCAGCAAAACUCUCUGCGAGAGAUAAAUCCUUAAAUGCCGAAACAGUAACCAAAAGUUCUGCCAAUCAGCAAGGAAACGUUUUGAUAAUGCAACUAUACAACACAGCUCACAAGAUGGCUACACCAAAAACCCAAGCCCCACGCAGCGGUAAAAUAAAUGCUUCAUCAGAAUAUCAGCGCAGUUGGAUUGGAAUUUAAACUAAAGAUUUUUGUAAAAAGAUAGAAACAAACGGUUAAUUGUUUACUAGAAUGAGAUACAACAAGAACAAAUACUGCCUUUUUAGUAAAACAAAAAAAAAAACAGAGAACAAAAACAAAUACAAACAAAGAAAUGUGCAUCAGCAACUGAAAAAAACUAAAUCAAAAGAACAAACUGAAAAUUUUGAAUGCUGUCAUGACAAAAAUAAACAACUAGAUAGACGAAUGUAAAAUAACGGAAGCCGAGCGAACUUUUGUUUUUGUUAAAUAGCUAGAUCAAAUUAAAUUUUUAUUGAUGAAGAAUUUUUUGAGAAUCAAAUUUUGUUAAUUAUUUGAACUGUUAAAAAAAAGUUUAUUUCAACAAAGCCUAGUCAACCUAGUCGAGUAGUUACUAGAAAUUAUGGUUUUCGCUAGCAGCCCUAAAAAACGGCAACCUCUGUACAGCACAUUCAUUUUAAUGUGAACAAAGCGCUAUUUUGUUGAUUUAUUUUGAAAUCAUCUCUAAAACACUUCUAAUACCAUAGUUGAUAAACGGAAAACCGCAUGGUGUAGCGCGGAAGAUUGAAGGCAGCAGUAGAAAAAAAAAAUAAGUUAGUCAAAAUAAAAACAAACCAAAUCACGCCAAGCCAAUGACAAGAAUUUUUGCAAUCAAAUAGAGUUCUAUUGUGUAAGUGAGUAAGCGGUGUGCAGACGAGGAAGAAAGAGGAGGACAGAAAAAAUAGCAAUAUUAUUUGAAUAAAUAUUUAAAGUAAGGAUAAAAACCUAAAAAACAAAAACACCUACACAAAGAACAAACAAAAAAAAACCUUACAGUGGUUAAGAGCGAUAGCUUUUAAGUUGGGACAAAGAAACUAAUCCGCUAGUAGUCUAAUCUGAAAAAAAGCACACACAUAUACAAGGAGAAAAAGCUGGUUUCGGAAAGGAAUCGUGUAGAGUUCAGCAUUGAAAAUAGGUACUGGAGCAUUGAUUUUUAUUUUAUUUUGCGAGGAAGAAUGUCUGAAAACUUUUCAAAAAAUUAUGACAGAUUACGUUUGAGUUGAUUUAUAACUUUGAAAAGAAUGCGCAGCAAAUGUUAAGCAAAACAUUCAAUGAUUAUUUCUCGAAACUACUUUUUUAGAGUCUAGACUCAGAACGUAUUAAAAUUAAGGAAUUAGAUGGCCGACCCUUUUUAAGCGUCCUGGAUCAGAACCCUCGACUCAAUGAGAUUGCUGCAGAAAUUUCUGCUUGUAUUUAUCUCUGAAUUGGUUCAGUACUAUAAAUCAAGUUUAAGAAUAAAUUUCAGUCAAAUAUUAGUCCAAAGGUGUAUUAAAUAAACUUGAAAUGUUGAAGUGCUACACUUUUUGUUGAUUGAACCCAUACGUUUAGUUCCGUUAAACCAAAUCAAUCUGCUGAAUGAAAAAUAUGCACGCCAUACAAAUAGAACAUUACCCUUAACUGUUUUUAAAACACCCUGGAAUACGUCCGGAACAAAAAGUACUCCAAACGGCAACUGGUUGAAUUCCAGAUUUGACGAUGAGCUCAAAGACAAGGUUAAAAAUUUAUGAUUUUUUUUUUCUCAUUUGCUAGUUGAAGUAAAAAUAGAAAUUACAUGUCCCCAAAAGAAACCGCUUAUCAAUCUAGGACAAAAGACAGUCCAAAACGUUGAACUAGAAAUAGUACGAUGAGUUCAACAAUCAAAAGCAAAGUUUUUCCUUAUCAGAUGGAAAUUUUACCUCAAUUGGUGUUGUCUUUGGAUUAAAAAAUAUUGAUUGAGAAUCACCUUCCUUUGAUCGUUAAUGGAAAAAAUGCUUUGUAUUCAACUACGCUGGAAAACAUCUGGGGCCAAAAUUAUUCCAAAUGGUAGCCGAAUGAUUUCAAAAUGUCUCAAAGAGCUUUAGGACACUAACGAAGUAUUGAGUUAAUUUCUGCACAUUGCUGAUGGGGUUCAAACUCAAGGCUUUGAUUGUUUUUCACAAUUUUUGAGACAUUUUUACACGGAAAAUUUAAAAAAAAUGUAACUUCAACGGGAAGCGAGGUGGUUUUUUCCACCCAGCUUUCUCGGUAAAUUUUACCUUUUUUCAUUCACCUAGCAACAAGGUAAAUUUUACUGUUUUUUUAAAUUUACAUAGCAAAAAGGUAAAUUUUACCUUUUCCGCAUUCACCUAGCAAAUUAGUAAAUAAUACCGCUUUCCCAUUCACUGAUUUAAAAGGUAAAUCCUCGUUGGUUUCUUUAAAAUAAAUAAAAAACCAAAUUCAUUCAAAAAUUGAUAUUUAUUUGAGAAAUGUAUCACCGUAUUAAAAAAUUGUUGAGGCAAGUCCUUUCUUCGCCAAGCUCGUAGCAAUUCAGCUUCGCGUUCUUCCGAGCCCCCGCUGAGAAAUACUUUACCUCACUGUGAGGUGAGUUUAACUUCGAAAAGGUAGAAGUUACCUUUUUGGCUUCCACGAGCGUUUACCUGGCUAUCUUGGUAAAUUUUACCAUUUUUUUUAUUUUCCGUGUAGAACUCAAGCUGAAUUCUGACUGUAUAUUACCCAAUUUUAGCUUUUUUUGUGCAAAAAGGGCAACCAAAUGAACUCAUUAUGUCACAAUGAUUUCAGAAUAAAAACUUAUAAAUUCUUAAGAAUUUUUAAGCGUUAAUUUGAGUUUUCAAUUGAUAAUAAAUUUAAUUUGAAAGUCCUCAAAGAACUUACACUUUUUCUCAUGAAAAAUUAUUUUUCAUUGGCGCACAUUGAAAAUCUAUUCGGAGCAAUAGAAAACCUAAAUGGCAUUUUUUUUGACUCAAAAUGCCAAUACUAACGUAACAUUUCAAAAGGGCGAAACUAGCAGUUGUCUCGAAACGAGAAAGACGCGAAAUUUCGGAACAUCUAAUCAAAUCCUAUUUUUAAAAAAUCGACAACUUUUGUUCAAGAAAAUCAAGAAAUAUGCAUUAUAAUCACUUACUGUUCGUUGGUUACGGAAAAUUUUCACUUUUUUUUUCACUAAAUUUUAGAUACUUUCGAGUUUCGCCAUUUGUUGUUUUCGAUUCCAGUUACGCCUGUAAGUUUCGUCCAAUUGAUCGGCCGUUUUUGUUUUGGUCUGAAAUUUCGCCCUUUGUUUCUACACGAUAAAACUAAUUAGGCCGUUUUGGCCCUACACUAAUAGAAGAAUUAACCGUAUUUUGAACAGGCGUAACGUGAGUUCCAACGAAAAUGCAUCAACAGGAAGUUUCGCCCAAUUGAAUUGUAUCAAUUUUUUGAAAGUUUUAAGUAAUUUCAAGAUGAAACCGAGUUUAUUAGUUAAAGUGCAUCUGCGUACAUCCGAAAUGACCGUUAACUCGAUUUUUUUACAUUUGGAAGUUUCGCCUUUUUGAAAUGUUACGCUAGAAUAGAAGUCAAACUAUAAAAGGUUUUACUUUUGUUUUUUUGCUUUUAUUAUAACUCCUGCUUUAAUUCUGAUUGAUUUCAGAAUCAUUAAAAUAUUUAUAGAAUAAACUGCACGUUGAUAAAAUGCUACUCAACGAUGCUUAUUUUUAACACGCGUUGGGUAAAAAAAGCAGAAAUGAUAACCAAUUGAAUACGAUAUGUGAAGAUAUGCUCAAGAAUGCAAAAUAAAUUAGUUGCGUGCUCCAUUUGGUUCUACUUACUAUCUUUAGAUUGAAUGAACAAUCUGUGACCUUUACGUAGCAUCCAAUAAAAUAAGUUUAAACGCAUGUUGGAAAACAUCUGGGACCAAAAGUAAUCCAAACGGCAAUUGAUUGAAAUCAUGAAACUGAAUAAAAAGGUGCACAGUUUCAGUUUUUCCCCAUUUUUUCUGACUUCAAAUAAUGUUUCGUUUUGUUAUAGCUACCUUCACUUUUGAUGUUGGAAACAUAAAAAGAGUCUGUUAUUUACUUCAAAGUGUUAUUUUUUCAAAAUUUUUCUGAGGUAGUACUGAUCCAGACGCUUAUAUCUGUCAAACUAAUUUAGCCUUCUUUGCAGCAGCUAUCAAAAAGCACAUUCAAAUUUAAAAAGCGUUUUCAAAUUGUAGAGUUUAUUAUUGAACUUUUUAUUCCAAAGUUCCGUGAACUCUUUCACAAAUCUGUUUAGUUAGGACCGUGUGUACUUUUUACGUUGAUCAACUCUGAGGUUUAUUAUUGCUUACAACAUACGCUUUUUCCAAUCAAGUUUAAACAAAACUAUCUAAAACCACCAAAGAUUAAUUUUUAACCAACAAACCAACCAACGGAAACCGGUGCUUUAAAGUGUUUGUAUGAACUAUUUUUGCUAGAAAAUCCAAAGAAAGCUACAACUUCAUUAAUUUUUUGAGUCCCAUAAGUCGAACCAUACAUAAAAGAAAAAAAAACACAAAGUUCGUCAAACGAAGCAAAAUCAGCUACCAAAACCAAUUCUAAAUACAUGUAUCAUGUUGUAGAAGAAAAGGGGGUGCUUUAAGUGCAUUCAUCGUCGGACCAAUUUCCAAAUAUUAAAAAGAAAGAGAAACCAAAGCAAAAAUUUCCACUAAAGUAUCAUUGGCAUCAACGAAUCGAUGUAUUUUGGCCAGCUUACCUUAAGUUUAAGUUUAUUAAACAUUGUAUAAGAGGCAUUUUUAGAUCAAAUGGUUAAUUUUACCUUCGCUAAACCAGGGUUUUUCAUAAAUAAAACGUAUAAUUUCAAACUAUAUAAAAUGAAUGCAAUCUAGCAAACAAACGACUGGCACAGAGCAAAAAGAAAGAGAGGAUUUCCAACAGUACAAGCGAACGAUGGAAAUGAAAAGUAAUAGUGAAUUGUGAUUUUUGUGCCCAUAGAAAUUAUUUAUACAACAAUCUCGCUUGGAAGAAGUACGAAAAACACUGCUACCGAAAACUACCGAUACUGGCCAUCAGUUCGAUUGGUACGAGAACGAGCCUAUUGAAACUACUAACUACGUCUAUAACUACUACUAAAAUUAUAAAUUGAAGAGUAACAAAACAAAACAAAAAAAAACUAAACCAAACACGCUACACAAGUGCUUAGUUUCGCCAUUUUACAUAUCAGAGAGAAGGAGAAAACGAGAGAAAGAAAGAAAUAAUGGAGCGAAUACUAGAGAGAGAGGAUCAAUACAUUGCAUUACUAGCUUCACGAAAAGAGUAGUCACAUACCUAAACCAAUACAUUAACAGUCACUAUUUAGACAAACACUAUUGAACAGAUGAAUUAACUCUCUAGCUAGGAAUAUUUAGCUCUUGUCCAUGUGUGCGUUCAUCAAAGAAUAAUUGAAGAGAGAAAAAAAUUAAAAAAUCGUUUGUGUUGAGUUUGCGUUCAAUUUUCGUUCAAGCAGGGAUUCCGACACUUAAGCUGUCCUGUGCUUUACCCAGCCGGCUGUUGAAUAUAUUCAGUUCGUAAAAUAGCAAAAUGCAAACAAUAUUCUAAAGUGUUGAACGUUAUUCUAAAAGGUACAUUUAAAUGAUAUUAAUGUUUGAUAUUUUUUAAACACUAAUCUGCUAGAAGUUCCAACAAAAGACAUACGCCUACGUUAAAAAAGCUUUAAGCUCGAAUGAAUUGAUUCCCAUUUGAGCGUCGAAAGCAGAGAUUGUGUGUUUUCUUAAAAAUUACUUUUUUUUUAAUUCUAGCAGUUAAGUAUAAAUGAUCAGUAAAACAAGAGAGAGAGUGUGUGUGUAUGCUUUCUACCGAGCGGCACAAACUUCUUUUGGAUUCACUUCUGCUUACCCAUUAUUCCGAUUCCGUUCAAAUCCCAAAAAUGAAUUAACGUUAAAUCUUACAUUAAAUCUACGAAACACUUUGAUUUUUUCUUGCCAGAGACCACAUUGUUCCAUGUAAAAAUUAAAUGAAAUAAUUAAUAAUAAACAAACAAUGAUACAGCUCAGCUAAGAUUGUGAUUUAGUAAACAAGAGAAAACAAAAAAAAACUACACAGUAAAUAAGCAAAACCAAAACAACAAAAAUAGCCGUUUGUAAAGUUUAAUCAAAUAACUCUCACGUUUGUUGCCAUGACGUAAAAGUUGCGAACUUGAAAAAAAAAUCAUUAACUUUUAGAAGUCAGGCUCCCCAGAACUCAUACAGCUCCAUUCAAUAGAACGGAAGGCGAAAAAAACAUUGUACAGUAGAGAACCUUUUUUAUAGUCACUUGAUUGAGAGGACUGUUGAUAAGUCACACACAAAAAAAAAAAAACAAAACAAAAACAUCUCAAUGACACGCGCAGCCACUGAACAAACAAACACACCCUCACAAACCGCAGACAUACUGUAAAUUUAAAACAAAAUUCUACUCGUAAAUUUGCUAAAAUUUAUCAUUAAUAUACAGAAACCAAACAAAACUCUCACUUAUCUGGUCAUAAGUGACGAUAAAACGAAGAAAAUGUUCGAACAAUAUGGGUAAUAAGUAAGAGCUAAGGGAGCGAAAGAGUCGUUUCACAUACGCAAAUUGUAAUAACUAGUAGGGCAAGUCAAUAGAGUCAAACUUACAACAUGAGCCGGCAGCAGCAGGUGAAGAAAUCUCACACAUACUCAUUCAGCAGCAGCAGCAGCAAAACGGAACAGCAAAGCGUCCUGAUAUGAGCUUACUGACAUCGAUUUUUUGGUUUAACAUUUGACUGCUGUGGGUAGAAUGAUCGAAGUGUGUAUCAAUGCUCGUUUCCGGUUAAAAUUUCAUCGAAGCAAUCAUUCGAAUCAAACCACAUGUAGUCAAGUGAUAAAUUACAAAAGUCAUGCCACGGUUCAUCAGAAGUUAUCUUUAGCAAAUACAUAAAUACAGAAAAAAAAUCGAAAGCAAGGUAUUGCUAACUGCAGAGCAACUGCUUGGCAUCUAGUUGAACAAUAUUACAAAAGGAAAAUGAAAAACCUGCACUGUAGAAAUCCAUAAGGGAAUAAUAAAGAAAUCAACUCAAUCUCACGAAUUAUGAUUAACAUUAUAGUUAUGAUUAUUAUCAUUAUGAUUGACAAUGAAAAUCGAUCUUGUUGCGUACCAUGUAAAAUGAUUAGAAUAAUAAGCUAAAAUACUAGUCAAUGCAAUAUACGCUGAAUCGAAUAGAUUAUCCUCGUUUUAGUGACUACAACAAACAACAAACAGACACUUGAAACACUCACACACGAAUUGACACAAACACCCCAAGAAACAUAUACCUACUGGUUGAUCAACUUUCUCAAAAAACAGAAAAUGAAAAAUAAAUUUGAUUGUGUUUUCACAAAACCAAAUUCCAGUUUUUCUUUCCCGUUUACAAAACACAAAACACCCACUCCACACAGUAUUCAGUUCCACUUGGACAUCAACACAUUUUCACAGUCACACAAACACACUCGCAACAAAUGGAGGAGAAUUGUGAAGAAUACAAAGAAAAAUAACAAAUGCGAAACUGUUUUGGCUGAACGAAACGAAAAACUAAACACAAAAUAGCUAAGAAGUAAUACUACAACAACAAAAAACCUUGAAAAAGAAACUUCAUAAAAGGCGCAGGAAGUAUAAGAAGAUGUUGUCACACGAAUGAAUAUCUUUAUUUUUUCAAAAUAAAAACCAUUUUCGAUUA